UCAAGCAUCAACCCAACGGGCUCCAAGUCAUAAAUACAGAUAACAUUUUACCGUGUGACCAUAGAUAGCGAGAGGGAGGAUUAAUUCCGUCUGCUUUAGAGUCCGAUGGAAGCCGAAUCUGCUGGUGUGAAUGGUCAGAUAGAGUGAGAUCACAGAUCGCGCCCCCCCCCGGGCUGUCUGUAUAGGAGAUGUCAAUUCCCGAUGCGAUGUGUCAGACUACUUUGAGGAAUCGGUUUUAGCUUUGAUGGUCCAUUUGUAGUUGUAAACAUGGCCAUCGCCAUUACUGUCCUGGACUGUGACGUGCUGCUGUAUGGUCAAAGACAACGCACACUUGACCGUUUCCGGCUGGAUGAUGUCACGGAUGAAUACUUGCUUUCUACUUAUGGUUUCCCACGUCCUUUUAUCGACUACCUGGUGGAGCUUUUGGGUGGAAGCCUGUCCAGACCAACACAACGCUCCAGAGCGAUCAGCCCAGAGACCCAGAUUAUGGCCGCUCUUGGCUUUUACACCUCAGGAUCAUUUCAGACACGCAUUGGAGACACUAUAGGGAUCAGCCAAGCUUCCAUGAGUCGCUGCGUCACCAACGUAACUGAAGCCCUGGUGGAGAGAGCCUCGCAAUUCAUACGUUUCCCUCAUGAGGAGGCUUCAGUGCAGAAGCUAAAGGAUGACUUCUAUAAUUUGGCUGGGGUUCCAGGAGUUCUGGGAGUUGUAGAUUGUACGCAUGUAACAAUCAAAGCCCCUAAUUCGGAGGACCUGUCAUAUGUAAACAGGAGGGGUUUGCAUUCUUUGAACUGUCUUCUAGUCUGUGAUUCUCAAGGGGUUCUACUGUGGGCUGAAACCCAACGACCGGGCAGCACACAGGACAAUGUUGUCCUUCAACAAUCCGAGCUCUCCUGUUUAUUUAAGACAAAAAUGCAUAGGGAGGGCUGGAUGCUGGCAGACAGCGCUUUUCUUCUGCGGCCCUGGCUGAUGACCCCAGUGCAGAUUCCUGAGAGUCCCCAAGAAUACCGUUACAAUAUGGCGCAUACGGCCACUCACAGUGUCAUGGAGAGCACCCAGCGAGCUCUGCGGCACCGCUUUCGUUGUCUGGAUGGCGCUCGGGCUACACUACAAUAUUCUCAUGAAAAAUCAUCUCAGAUUGUUUUGGCCUGUUGCAUAUUACACAACAUUGCACUACAGCAUGGCCUGGACAUCUGGUGUGAGGCCGAAUGUGCUGCUCUGGAGGCCGAAGAGGACUGUAACAAUAUGGAGACGGCGGAGAUAGAAGCUUAUCGCAUGAGGCAGGAACUUGUCCUCACACAUUUUAGCUAACGCCAAUCUCAAAUCGCAUAUAUAAAUGACGUUUUGUAAUAAAUUACCAUUAAAGUGCUAUUAAAAUACAACUUGCA